AUGCUCGACGCUCCAGGAAUCUCGCUUGUCGAAUACAGCGUUUCCGUGCAAAACGGGUUUGUCCCGGACGCGCCUCCUUUGCGGAGAUUAGGAAAUCCGUACUACUCGCCAUGGGAAGAGGUCGCUCAAGACCUUCCUACUCACAUCAAAGCGGGCGACAUCAGACAGGCCGUGGAGGAUCUGCCUAUACUUUCCACAGACACAUUGCGAGGGGAACCUGAGUGGAGGAGGGCAUAUGUCGUGCUUGCUUAUCUUACCCACGCUUACAUAUGGGGGGGUGAUAAGCCAAGAGAGAUACUGCCUCCUUGUAUAUCACGUCCAUUCAUCGAAAUCGCGAACCACCUUGAACUUCCGCCGUGUGCCACAUAUGCAGCGCUUAAUCUUUGGAACUUUAAAGUGUCAUCGGUGUAUGCAGAUAUGACCGAUCCAGACAACCUAUCCGUGGUGACCUCGUUUACUGGGACCAAAGAUGAAGAGUGGUUUUUUGUCCUCUCCGUCGCUAUUGAAGUCAGAGGAGCGCAGCUCAUCCAGCUAAUGCUGGACGCUAUCCACGGUGCCGGUAACGAUGAUAUCCAUCGUGUCAUCAGUCUCCUUGAACAGCUCAGCUAUGGCCUUAGUGAACUUGGGGAGCUCUUAGAACGGAUGUAUGAAAAAUGCGCACCGGCUGUGUUCUAUCACGUCCUACGGCCUUAUCUCGCAGGCAGCAAGAACAUGGCUUCAUCAGGACUACCAAACGGCGUGUUCUAUGACCUCGGGGGAGGGCAAGGCGAAUGGCAUCAGUACAGCGGUGGCAGCAAUGCGCAGAGUUCCUUGAUCCAGGCAUUCGAUAUCUUUCUUGGCGUGGAACAUUCGGCGACGGGAGAGCAGAAGUCGCAGGGCAAGUUACAAGCUCCAAUGAGAACAGGCUUCAUGCAGGGCAUGCGAAACUACAUGCCAGGCCCCCAUCGACGUUUCCUAGAAAUGCUCGUACGCACCUCUAACGUCCGCGAAUACGCAUUGAGCCAUAACGCCGAAUCGCCCUUGAGGGACGCCUACAACACGGCGGUCAUGUCGCUCGGGAGCUUCAGAGACAGACACGUUCGCAUGGUAACCCGAUACAUCAUCAUGGCCGCAAGAAUCCCACCACCAAACCAGACCUCUUCACUGGUCAACCUGGCCACCACAACAUCCACUCUGAUGGACAAGUCCCACGACAAGGUUGCAGAAGGGGUCCGAGGAACGGGUGGAACCGACUUAAUCCCAUUCCUCAAGCAGACCAGGGAUACCACCAAAGCAACAGCUAGCUAUGUGGAUUGA